GGAAAUCUCCAUUAAUUUCUGUUCAUUAUUUACUGAAAUGGAUAAUGAUCGGCUUACAUUUAAUGCUAAGACUGAAACAAGCACCUUCGAGUCAGAUAAUAAUCUAGACCAAGUCCAAUCGUCACCCUCCUUCCGUGAGAAAAUCACGGAUAGGACGGGUCGAUCGACCGGCCUGAAAACGCAAGCCGACAGGGCUCAGUUCAUGAUGUGGAGCACAUCGUGAUCGUUACUGGUUGAUAUUGAGGGAACAGCCCCGUCUCUGCCACUAGUCGCUCCACCUGUGUCUAUUUAUUGGGAUAUACUAUUAGCCGAGCGGCUUAGGGUCAGGUACCCUCCAAUUAUCGACUAGGGCGUAGCGCGCUCCCGUUGUAUUUAAGGACUCGUGGGUCGCUGUUUGGGUGGGUUUGUUUUUGUUAGUCUCUAAAUUUUAUAUCAUCCGUGACUUAUUUCUCUUGGAAUAAACUACUCGUGUUUAUCUGUUCCAUUUAUUUUACUAAAUAGACAUCAUGGGCCUCUUUGACUUCUUCAAGUCCUCCAAGGAGGAACCUCCCCGAACCCAAGAACCAACCUGGGAUCCUAACACUAUGACUAUGCAACAACCGGCUAGUCCUCCUGCUCCCAUUGUUGACCGUGCUGUUUCGGAGCAACCGAACCCCCAGGAGACGAUGCAGUUGCGUGGCGGUGGUGCUGGUGGCUGUUGUUGUGGAAUGUGCGCUGGUUUCCUGUGCUUCGAGUGCUGUGAGGAAUGUUGUUAGUCUGGUGGAAGUGCAUUACGAUUUGAAGGCGUGGGGAGGAAGGUCCUCUGGAUAUGAGUUAUACCCGUCUACGCGUUAUUGGUCUACAUGUUGUCUUAUGAAGUUCUUCAUGCGAUGUCGAAAUGACUUUGCUAGCUAGAUUUGUGUUCUUCAAAUAACAGUGUUUGUUUA